CCUCUUAUAACAGCUAUGCCUGAACCCAUGGUUCUGUCCAAGGAGCCAGUGACCAUCCUGUGCCCAGGGCCUGCAGAAGCUAAAGCAUAUGUGAUAUCUAAAGUGGGAAGCCCUGAGCCCUCAGACACAGAGAAACAACUGCUGUCUAACACUACCAAUAUUUUGCGUAUUGCAGAGAUGACACCAGACCAAGCAGGGCUGUACCACUGCUCCUAUCAGAGUGGACACAGCUGGGCCAAGUUCAGCAACCCCUGCAGCUGGUGUUGUCCGUUUGAUGCAUUUAUUCUUAUUGAAGAAGACGAUGUUCUCACCAUCCAGGACCAAAGCUCCACUCCCAAGGGUGGUGGACCUCAUGCUGUCUUCCUCUUGAAUCACGUCUCCUCCACACAGCCCAGGACAUACAGAUGCUGCGGUGCCCUCCGCAAUUACCCCUAUGUGUGGUCUCACCCCAGUGACCCAUUGCAGCUUCAAGUCAGAGAGCCUGCUGUUUGGCAUGCUUCUGCAGAGAAUCAAGUCCAGAUGAGCCUGGCUGGCCUGAUUCUCUUGGUCCUGGGGGUCCUAUUGGCUGAGGCCUGCUACAGCUGUAAGAUGCCCUUAAAUGGAGCCAUAAAAUCUACUGAACAGACAUCUGUGAACCCGGCACCCCUGGCAGUGGUGCAGCCAACACCUCCAGACAACCCAGGAGCAGCAGCAAAACAUGAGCCCAUGGAGAGCUGA